GCUUUCAGAGACCAAGGACCAUCUCCACUUCCUACAGACCUUCUCAUCUCGCUGUGUCCUUCCUGCUGAUGGGGAGUCGUUCAGCUUCACACUCACUGCUGAUUUCUCAUCUGAGGACCUGAGAAAGCAGCUGUCAGGUCUGAAAAAGAGUCUGGAGAAGAUCAGCCAGGGGGACAUCAUGACAAGGACUCCACCAGGUCGUGAAGCUCCAAUCUUCACCCUACGGCCUCCUGAACUUCAAAGCAGAGAGGAGUUUUUAAAAUACUUCUGUCCCCUCACACUGGAUAUCAACACGGCACAUAGAGACCUCCAUCUGUCUGAAGGGAACAAGAAGGUGAUAUAUGAGGGGACAAAAGCCAAAUAUCCUGAUCAUCCUGACAGAUUUGACUACUGGUGCCAAGUUCUGUGCAGAGAGGCUCUGACUGGGUCUCGCUGUUACUGGGAGGUGGAGGGCAGUGGACUCUUCAUGAAGAUUGGAGUUGCAUACAAAGGGCUGAGUAGGAAAGGAGAAGGCAGUGAUUGUGGCCUUGGAAACAACGACAAGUCCUGGAGUUUGCAGAGGUCUGUUUCCCAGUGCUCUGUGUUUCACAAUAACAAGCAGACUGAAAUCAGCGCCCCCUACAGCCCCAGAAUAGGUGUGUAUCUGGACUGGCCUGCUGGCUGUCUGUCAUUUUAUUGCGUCUCACACACAAUGACCCUCCUGCACAGGUUCAACACCUCCUUCACUGAGCCCCUCUAUCCAGGGUUUGGUGUUGGUCUUCACUCCAGUGAAUAUGGAGUGACUUCUAUGAGAAAUAACUUGAAGACUAGAGUGGCACGCAUUCAGAUUGCAGGCUCAGCUUGA